AUGGCAGACGAAGUCUAUGAGGGUGCCAUCGGCAUCGAUCUUGGUACCACUUACUCCUGUGUCGCCGUCUACGAAGGCACAAAUGUCGAAAUCAUCGCCAAUGAGCAAGGUAGCUUCACCACCCCUUCCUUCGUCUCCUUCACCGAUGAGGAGCGCCUCAUCGGCGAGGCUGCAAAAAACCAGGCGGCCAUGAACCCGGAAAACACAGUCUUUGACGUCAAGCGAUUGAUCGGAAGACGGUUUGAUGACCCAACGGUCAAGAAGGAUAUCGAAUCAUGGCCGUUCAAGGUCGUUGACCAGGGCGGCAACCCCAUGGUUCAGGUCCAAUACCUCGGGGAAACCAAGACUUUCUCACCCCAGGAAAUCUCCUCCAUGGUCUUGAUGAAGAUGAAGGAGGUUGCAGAGACCAAGCUGGGCAAGAAAGUUUCCAAGGCCGUUGUCACGGUGCCUGCUUAUUUCAAUGACAAUCAGCGACAAGCCACCAAGGACGCUGGUGCCAUUUCCGGCCUCAACGUCCUCCGUAUCAUCAACGAGCCCACUGCUGCCGCCAUCGCCUACGGUCUUGGAUCUGGCAAGUCAGACAAGGAGCGAAACGUCCUCAUCUACGAUCUUGGUGGUGGUACCUUCGAUGUUUCUCUCCUAAACAUCCAAGGUGGUGUCUUCACCGUCAAGGCUACUGCUGGAGAUACCCAUUUGGGUGGUCAGGACUUUGACACCAACCUUCUCGAGCACUUCAAGAAAGAGUUCACGAGGAAGACCAAGAAGGAUUUGUCUGGUGACGCCCGUGCUCUUCGACGACUUCGGACCGCCUGCGAACGCGCUAAGAGAACACUGUCGAAUGGUACCCAGGCUACAGUUGAGAUUGAUUCGCUGUUCGAUGGAGAAGAUUUCAAUGCUACCAUCACCCGUGCUCGAUUUGAGGAUCUCAAUGCCAAGAUCUUCAAUGGUACCCUGGACCCUGUUCAACAAGUCCUGAAAGACGCCAACAUCGAGAAAUCAAAGGUGGACGAGAUUGUGCUUGUUGGUGGUUCAACCCGUAUCCCUCGUAUCCAGAAAUUGCUGAGCGAUUUCUUCGACGGCAAGAAGCUGGAGAAGAGUAUUAACCCUGACGAAGCCGUUGCCUACGGAGCCGCCGUGCAGGCAGGUAUCCUGUCCGGCAAAGCCACCUCUGCUGAGACUGCCGACCUUCUCCUGCUCGAUGUCGUUCCUCUAUCUCUCGGUGUGGCUAUGGAAGGCAACAUUUUCGCUCCCGUUGUUCCUCGCGGCAACACGGUGCCUUGCGUUAAGAAGAGAACCUUCACCACUGUGGUUGACAACCAGCAAACCGUCCAGUUCCCCGUCUACCAAGGAGAGCGGACCAACUGCGAGGACAACACUUCUCUGGGCGAGUUUACUCUGUCUCCGAUCCCCCCACAACGUGCUGGAGAUGCUGCUCUCGAAGUUGUGUUCGAAGUAGAUGUCAAUGGUAUUCUUAAAGUCACUGCGACCGAGAAAUCCUCCGGUCGAAGCGCCAACAUUACCAUCUCCAACGCCGUCGGCAAACUCUCCACCACUGAGAUCGAAAAGAUGGUUGAGGACGCUGCUAAAUUCAAAACCAGCGACGAGGCAUUCACCAAGAAAUUCGAGGCCAAGCAGCAACUCGAGUCAUACAUUGGUCGUGUGGAGGAACUGAUCAACGACCCGGGAUUGUCGAUGAAGAUGAAGCGUGGCAACAAGGCCAAGAUCGAGGAGGCCUUGAGUGACGCUAUGCAACAGCUUGAGGUGGAUGAUUCGACUCCGGAUGAUUUGAAGAAGAAGGAAUUGGCUCUGAAGAGAGCUAUGACCAAGGCCAUGGCUACGAGGUAG